AGGAUCCCACGGGUGGAUAUUCUCUCCCACAAUGCAAUGAAGUUCUUUCUGCUUCUUCCCACCUUCUUUUCAUUGAUCCUUUUCGGAGUUUUUUUUUUUUCUUCCCUCUUUUUCUAUCUGGCUGACAAAUAUUGGCCCCCUCGUUUCUGGCCCUUUAAGGAGGCCCCUUUAAUUCCUUUCUUUUGGCUUGCCGCCUUCUUUUUUUGGGCGAUUUGGGGCCGUCCCCUCUCCUCCAAGAGAGGGGGAACCUCGAUCCAGUGCCUGUUUUCUUCAACCCUGAUCCCUCAGCCUCUUCUAUUCUUCCUCCCUGUGUGAAAGUCGGCCACCUCUCAAGAGCCAAAAUGGCGUCUGGCGUGGAGCUCCUUCGCUUUCAGCUGCCUGGCCACGAGGCGGCCACCCUACGCAACAUGAACCAGCUGCGCUUUGAGGAGCGCUUUUGUGAUGUCACCAUUGUGGCGGACAGCCUCAAGUUCCGUGGCCACAAAGUCAUCUUGGCAGCCUGCUCUCCGUUCCUGAGAGAUCAGUUCCUGCUCAACCCUUCUUCCGAGCUCCAAGUUUCCCUCAUGCACAGCGCCAAAAUUGUAGCCGAUCUUCUUCUCUCUUGCUACACUGGAGCACUCGAGUUUGCCGUCAGGGACAUUGUGAACUAUCUGACCGCUGCCAGCUACCUCCAGAUGGAGCACGUGGUGGAGAAAUGUCGAAAUGCCCUGUCCCAGUUCAUCGAACCCAAGAUCAACCUCAAGGAAGAAACGUCCAAAUUUGGAGGCUACCGGAAAUUCAAGUCUUCCAGUGUUGUGGGUUGCUCUACCUCAUCCAAUAAAGUGCACUCGCGCAAGAGGUCCAUUCAGCGGCCCGUUAAGCUGGAGUUCCCAUUGGAAGAAGAGUUGGAGAUGAAGGCCGAAGAGGAGGAAGAGGAGCAGGAGGAGGAUUUUGGGUAUGAAGAUUCCGUCUCGGACAUCUGCAUCGUGAAGAUUGAAUCGGCCAUGGAAGUGGCCCAGCGGCAGAAGAAGCAACAACAGCAACAGAUGGGCACCAGCUGGAGCAAAGACACAUCGCCUCAGCAAAGUUGGAACAAGGAAAGCUCACCACAGCAAGCCUGGGACAAAGAAUUAUCUCCUCUACCGGGGUGGAACAAAGCUGAAUCCGGAGACCAGGAAGAACCUCAAGUCAACUCGACGGUGGCAGAAGCCAUCGUGUCUUCUCCAGAAUCGACACCAGAGAAAGCUCAGCAUGGUGUGGUCAAGGCCUCCUAUAGCCUCUCUGAGGAUGACGUAGGUAAAGGCCUCCUGAUCAUCCCUGGGGGAGGCUACUUGGAGGAGACCAGCGAGGCGGCAGCUGUUGCGGCCGAGUGCCAGAGCAGCAGCGGUGGGAUGGGAUUGGUCCUUGCAGGACUGAGUGGUCGUCCUUUCUCCACCUUUCCCAUGGUUGGGAGAGGGGGCAGUUCAGGGACCCUCGGGGGAGGUAGCGGGAUCUCCAGGAUUAUCAAGUGUACCAAGUGUGAUGAAGUCUUCCAAGGGGUGGAGAAGCUUGUCUUCCACAUGCGGGCCCAUCACUUCAUUUUCAUGUGCCCUCGGUGCGGCAAGCAGUUCAACCACAGCAGCAACCUCAACCGGCAUAUGAAUGUUCACCGCGGGGUGAAAUCUCACUCCUGCACCAUCUGCAGGAAGUGCUUCACCCAAAAGUCCACGCUGCACGACCACAUGAACCUCCACAGUGGCGAGAGGCCCUACCGCUGCUCUUACUGCGACGUGCGCUUUGCCCACAAGCCCGCCAUUCGCCGCCACCUCAAGGAACAGCACGGCAAGACCACGGCGGAGAACGUCAUGGAGGCCAGCGUGACUGAGAUCAAAGUCCUCAUACGUUGAAGGAGGAGGAAGUCGGAUAGCUGUGGGAAGUGGAAAAGCGGGGACUCCUGAGCUCUUGAGGGAGGGACGUGGGCUGUAGGGAUUAGUUGUAGGGGUAAUGAGCCAGGAUCCCUGAAUUUUGUGGGAUAGGAUUAGUGCUAGUGUGGUAGAGGGUGGAAGCCCUGGAUUCUUUGGACGGGUGUGGGAAGGGCCUAGUGGAUUAGCAGAGUAGAGCGUACAUGAAAUGAAGCUCCUGGAUAGUCUGGGAAGUCAAAGGGAUCUAAUUAGCUCAAAUAGAAGGCGGUAGGAGAUGGAUUCCUGGGAUCUGUCCUCAUCCAACACCCCAGAAGACAAGCUCAGGAUCCCAAAAGAUCUUGACAGACUUGAAGAAUGGGCUCUAUCCAACAACAUGACAUUUAAUGUGGAGAAGAGCAAGGUUAUACAUCUGGACAGGACAAACCAAAGGUACAAGUAAGUACAGAUUAAGCAAAACCUGGUUCAGAAAUCAUAACUGUGAGAGGGACUUCUGAGUGGACGAUCACUUGAAACAGGAGUCGGCAGCAGGCAAAAAAGCUAAUACAAUCCUUGGUUGUAUAAACAAGAGGCAUAGAUUCAAAAUUUUAUCCAGGUAUUUUUUUUUUAAAAAGGCAAUAAUUCUACAGGAAACGGCAGAGGAGCGAGGGAUCUGCUGGAGGAAGUAGUAGGCGUGGUUCCUCCUCUAAAAUUGUACCGCAGAAAUAAAGCAGUUCAUCCACCUGAGACAUUUGGGCAGGAAGUUCUUUGAUCACGUGGCUGUGAAUAUAAGCAUGGUGUUCAAGAUGGAGACCAGGCCUUUGUAGGUUUUGAUGGCCCUUUCUGCCGACCCAACAAGCAAAACAAAGAGAAGGUCACAUAAUUUGGCUUUUGUAAACCCGGGGCAUUGAUAAGCAUGGUGGGAACAGAUGUUCUGGAGAAUGUAGAGCAUUGUCUUCGAAAAUGGCAAGCACAGUAUCAUUUUUCCCCCCUUUUAUUAAGAAGAAUCAGUAAUAGUACAGGUAGUCCUCGACUUACGAUCAGAGUUGGGCCUGAAAUUUCUGUUAAGUGAGACAUUUGUUAAAUGAGUUUUGCCCCAUCAUAUGACCUUUCUUGCCACUGUUGCUAAGUGAAUCACUGCAGUUGAUCAGUUAGCAACAGGAGUGAUAUGUGAAUGUGGCUUCCCCAUUUUGGCUUUGCUUAGUCAGAAGGUCACAGAAGUUGAUCACGUGUGACCUUGGGACACAGCAAUGAUCAUAAAUAUGAAUCGGUUGCCAAGUGUCUGAAUUUUAGAUCACAUGACCAUGGGGGGAGUGCAAAGGUCAUAAGUGUGAAAAACGGUCAUAAGUCGCUUUUUUCAGUGCCAUUGUAACUUUGAAUGGUCACUAAAUGAAUUGUAAGUCAGGAUUACCUGUACAGGAAGAAAGCCAAAACUCAGAUCUUGAGCUCAGUGCUGUUCACACGUUACAAAACACUAUUUAAUAGGAUAGUGACUAUAUACCAUUAUAGAGAAAUAAGUUGUUUUUAACUGUCUAGACCAGGGGUCUCCAACCUUGGCAACUUUAAGACUUGUGGACUUCAA